AUGGAUGACUCCGAGGAAACUCCUGUACCUCCGCCUCGAUUAAAGAAACGAGCUCGAUUAGCUUCUAAAGAUCGUGAAAAGAGAACAGUUACUUGGUGUCAAGCGUGUAAAAAUAAGCAACCUAAAAUUUGCAAUACAAAUACUCCAAUUAGAACGAUAUUCGCCUUUGAUGAAGGACAGAAAGACGUCUUAUCCGAAUCUCAUGACUCAAAUAUAACUACGCGUAAACCAAAAUCAUUUAACUCACCUUCCAUUUCCACUAGCACAAGCUUAGAUGACAACGCCAUUGCAGCUAUUCGAUACCAAGUCUUGGAAGCAAUAAAAAUAGAAAUUCCAACAAUGCUAUCGAAGGUAAUAAAAAGUGAACUAUCUACACUAUCACAAGAGGUUCAUGAUUUAUGCAAAUCAGUUAGUUUCCUCAGUGAAAUGCAUGAUGAAAUGAAGGUAAAAAUCGAAGAGUUGUCUAAUGAUAAUAAAAGUCUACGGAAUGAAAACUCCGUACUUCAAACAACCGUUACUGAUUUAUCCGAUCGUAUCAAUAUUUUAGAGCAACACCUUCGACAAGAAAACUUAGAAUUGAAUGGUAUACCCGAACAUUAUAAUGAAAAUAUCCCCAACAUAAUUCAAAAAUGUGCCAAUGUUAUUGGUCACAAUAUAGCGGAUGAUGAUAUUGUUCAUUUCACGAGAGUAGCUAAACAAAACAGAAAGAGUGAAAAGCCUCGUUCAAUCAUAAUAAAGUUUAAAAAUAUUAGACGACGUGACGAAUUUUAUUCAGCAGUUUACAGAUAUAACAAAACUCAUCCAGAUAACAAACUUAAUACCUCUUUGAUCGGAAUGUCCAACGAGAAGAAGCCAGUUUAUGUUUCCGAGCAUCUUUCUCCUGCUAACAAAGCUCUACAUGCUGCUGCUCGUCAAAAGGCUAAAGAAUUACAGUAUAAAUUCACAUGGGGGCCGGAAACAUGGGUGGGCGUGCGUGCUCUCCGCGCCAGUUCAGGUGGUAUCCUGGACCUGGACGACCGCGUGCGCGAUGUGGCGGACGACCGCGAGACCCUCACUGCAGAGUGUGCCAACCAGCCGCAGCCACGAGCAGCCCAAGCUGACGGUGCCAGCGGCUCCUCUGCUGGCACCGCCUCACCUGAUAUGUUUCGGGGCGUCAGUAGUAUGGGGGGCAGUAUGCGAGUGCCUAAUACGGACUCGUGCGUGGAAGUCGGUGUAGCUGACUUGGAAGAUGGCGCUAACGGUCUGCAAGUGCGACGCGGAAGCGAGCCUACAUUACAUCAAGACACAUUACCACCUCAAAGACAGGUUUCAGAGCAAACAAAACGAUGGUCAGCGGCGGUAGUGUGUCGAGACGACACAAGUCGCGCGACGCACAAAGUGCACCCCAUGGACGGGCGCCCGCCCGACCAGACCGACCGGCACGGCCAACACUUCCAAAGACAAUCAAAUCGACUAUCCAUGCAGUUUUCUGGCCCUGGAAGUGGUGUAUGGUUAGAUGCAGCUGAGCGAGUUCAAACAUAUGGCAGUAAAAGUCUACCUCGGGAUGCUAGGAAAGAACCUUUAGGACAAGACACACCACCCACUCAUGAUCAGAAUCAUAGAGUGGAGGACAUGCUCCGCUGGGUGUCCGGAGUGAACAACGUGGCGAUCGUGCCCGCGACGCAGGAGCGCCCGCUCGAUCUACUACCUGAAUCAGGUAGCGGUGAAAGGGCGAUAUCUGGCGCGGAGUCGAGUGCGGGGGCGGGCGCGGGCGCGGGCGAGGGCGCGGGGCAGCUCAUCGCCGUAACGCUCGUCAAGGGGGAGAAGGGGCUGGGCUUCACCAUCACCACGCGUGACAACCCCACGGGCGGACACUGCCCCAUUUACAUCAAGAAUAUUUUGCCUAAGGGCGCGGCGGUGCAGGACGGGCGGCUGCGCGCCGGCGACCGGCUGGUGGCGGUGGACGGCGCGGCCGUGGCGGGGCGCUCGCAGCAGCAGCUGGUGGCGCUGCUGCGCGCCACGCCGCCCGACGCCGCCGUCCGCAUCCUCGUCGAGCGCGCCGCCCCGCGCCCCCAGAGGGUAGAAACACAAAGUCCAACAAAAUACACGGAGAAGCCGGUGGGUCCGCCCACGCCGGCCAAGCCCAGCCAGGACAGCAAACCGGAGAGCGGGCGCGUGUCCAGUAUGGUGCACGCCAUCAACCAGAACUCCAUCAGAGGCAGGAUACCUAAGAGCUCCAGCAAGGACGACCUAUUGAAAGAUCAGUCGUUGGAUAGUGCGUUACAGGAUGCCCUCAAUUCAUCUUCUAAUUCGUUGCUAGGCCUCAGAAACCGUCUAAUCCUAAGGCUAGACGUGCCAGUUCACGACUCGGAGAAGGCUGGCCUCGGCAUCAGUGUGAAGGGCAAGGUGACUGUCGGUCCUGAUCCUCACGAUCUGGGCAUAUUCAUCAAAUCUGUUUUACAUGGAGGUGCUGCUUCUAGAGAUGGAAGACUGCACACGAACGACCAGCUGCUGAGCGUGAACGGCGUGUCGCUGGUGGGGCAGCCCAACGCCGCCGCCAUGGAGGCGCUGCGCCGCGCGCUGCUGCACGCGCGCCCCGCCGUGCGCGGCAGCAUCUCUCUCACCGUCGCCCGGCGCACCGACAGUAUGGACAGCCUAGCGAGGUGGAAAGACGACACCCCUCCAAACGGCAACGAUACAACUAAUUCCAACGAAAACAGCAAUUCCCAAAACUUCAACACCGUCAUAUACAAUUCAAUAGAUAAAGAAAACAAACCGAUAGACUAUCAAAAACACGAGACCAAUAGAGAAGACAGUACCAGAUCGAAUAAAAAGCAUGCUUCAAUAGUGACAAUAAACAAUAACAACAGUUGGGUGUCGAAUCAGUCGGAUGAUAGCAAGGGUUAUUUAGAACGGGAUAAAGACGUUUCUCAUGAUAUUAAACGGGAUAGCUUUGAAUGGAGUCGGUUGGAUGGGUGGAAUCCUGUUAUAGAUAGAUUGACUGGUUUGCGGAAUGAGAGUUAUUAUAUGGCGACGCAGACGGAGGCGCCGCCGCACCGCGCGCACGCGCUCGCGCACCACAACGUUAUUAUCGAAGAGGACUAUGCUACCACUCGGGGCAGCGCGGGCGAGUCGGGCAGCGAGGGCGGCGGCGGCGCGGGCGUGGACGGCGCCUUCAGCCGCGAUGCGGUGGGGCGCCGCUCCAUGUCGGAGAAGCGCCACGCGGCGCUGGACGCGCGCGCCACCGGCACCUACCGCAAGAUUAAGGAGAACAAGGCUAUUCAUGCAAUGCAAGUGGGGCCGUCACUCGGUAUGAGAAAAUCAUCGAGCUUAGAAUCUCUUCAGACUGCAAUACAAGAAACACAGAGAAAUCCUAAUCGCAAUGAACAGAUCUACGUGCUAGCGCAUCCACCGUUAAAGCACUGGCUGACGGACGACAACGCUGCGCCGGAAACGAUAGUGCGCGGCUCCCCGCAGCAGUCCUCGCUGUCUCACAAGAAGCCUUCGCUGCUCAAGUCAUUGUCCACUAUGUUCAGAAUCGGCAAGCCACACAAGAAGCCGGAGGGCGAGACGUACGCGCGCGCGCAGCCCGCACGCGCCUCGGACAAGUCGCUGUCGCGCGACGCGCUCGAGCGCCGCGACCACGAGCACCUGCCGCCCGCCAGAGAGGAGCGAGGCUCGCGGCAGAGCAGCUCGGAGCGGCGCGGCCGCGCGCACCGCACCGCGCCCGCGCCCGCGCCGGCGCGCGCGCAGGUGAUAGACACGGCGUGGGGUCCCACCGGCCAUUAUGUCAACUAUGAAGAGAUACAACAAAAUUUAAACGCCCGCCGCGAGAAGCUCAGUGAAGUGCAGAUCGGGCAGGUGCGGCGCACGCACGCGCCCGCGCCGCCGCACGCGCACCCGCACGCGCUGCACGACGACAGACGACCAACCCAGUACAACCAGCGCUCCAGCAAAGAAGGCAUACGGCCGCAGUCCAACUACUACGAGUACGACAGCGCGCCGCCGCGCCGCCCCGGCAAGCUCUCGCACUACCAC